CUUGGCCAGGAACCCCGCGACUUCACAACUUAUCCAAGUCAUCCUCCUCCUACGAUCUACACCCACACACCCCUUACCUCUCACCUUUGCUACCGCCGCUGCCCAACAUGGCCGACUCCCUCACCGAAGAGCAGGUCUCCGAGUUCAAGGAGGCUUUCUCCCUGUUUGACAAGGAUGGCGAUGGCCAGAUCACUACCAAGGAGCUCGGCACCGUCAUGCGCUCCCUGGGCCAGAACCCCUCCGAGUCUGAGCUUCAGGACAUGAUCAACGAGGUCGACGCUGACAACAACGGCACCAUCGACUUCCCUGAGUUCCUCACCAUGAUGGCGCGCAAGAUGAAGGAUACCGACUCCGAGGAGGAGAUCCGAGAGGCUUUCAAGGUCUUCGACCGUGACAACAACGGCUUCAUCUCUGCCGCUGAGCUGCGUCAUGUCAUGACUUCCAUCGGCGAGAAGCUUACCGACGACGAGGUUGACGAGAUGAUCCGAGAGGCUGACCAGGAUGGUGACGGCCGCAUUGAUUACAACGAGUUCGUCCAGCUUAUGAUGCAGAAGUAAGUGAUGAUACUUUGAUACCCGAACAACCCAUCACUCGGCCGCGCCAUCUCUGCACCCCCGCCGUCUACUGAUGGAGCGACGGGGUGGGUUGCUAGUGUGCAGGAUGUCCGGGAGGCCACGGGAAAUCUUGUGCGUUUAUAAUGG